AUGAGAAGGGCAGUCCAAGAAUGGCCAAAGGACGAGGAAUUAGCUCGUACAACUGCCACUGAUAGUUCGGUCAGAACAGUGACAGAUGCGCUUCAACAAUAUCUCGGAUGGAAGACUCCACUCUCAAACGCGGUCAUCCUCUCGAUCAACAUCCUUCAUAGGACGCUGAUGCGCGCCAAACGGGCCGGACUGACUCAAAGUGACUUUGAGCCGUAUCUAAGCUACUUCCAAUGUUCCCGCGAUGUCAUCGAUCAACACCUCUACGAGCGAGAUUGGUGCAGAAGAGACGUCGCCAGACAUCACCCAGGUCAGUCAUGUUUGGCAAUGUAUUUCGCGAUCUCGCUAGGUCCCCAGGUCGUACCUCGAGACCAUUCAGAUUGCUUGGUCACAGAAUGCCUGGCGUUACAAGUCGACCAUGCAGCAUACAGAAGCCAGCACACUAGUUCUGGCUGCAACUGCUCACAUCUGGAAGUCGACGUCCAUCAAGUCUGUUCUCUGAUCAACCGUGGGUUAACUCCGCUUCUGAAGCUGUCUGGUUCCGAUUCUGGUGUGCGGCCCAAGCUAGAUGUGAUUGCUGGCAGCGAAUACGUUUGCAUUUCACAUGUGUGGGCAAAUGGUUUUGGCAAUCUUCAUGCAAAUUCGAUGCCUGUUUGUCAGCUGGUCCGCUGGCAGAGCCAAGUUAAUGAUCUCUAUAAUCGCGGUUUUGUUGGUGACAACGUUCCAUUCUGGAUAGAUACGCUCUGUGUUCCAGUGCAGCCAGAAAAUACCGCCACGAGAAGGCGUACUAUAGUUGCAAUGCGAAACAUCUACGAGGAAGCAGCCAAAGUUCUCGUUCUCGAUGUGGACCUUCUGAAGUCGACGACCAAUGGAGCAUCAAAUGAAGCAAUUGCCAUGAGGAUCUCAUAUAGUGUUUGGUGGUCGAGGCUAUGGACACUCCAGGAGGCGGUUUUUGCUAAAGAACUUCACUUCCAAUUGCACGACGGCGCCCUAGAAGGGAAAGGAUUGGUGGAACGAAGCGACAAUGCUCACAACAUGUUCCCUGAGAGUGGUUGGAGUGCGCCGGAAGAGAUCGCUAAUGAGGGACUGGCAUACCUCCGCGAGCUCUAUGCUCUCAAAUCUUCAACUCCGGAAAGCAGAGCUGCAUUUAUCCUCCAGGCCGUUAGCUGGCGCUCCACCAGCUGGAAGUCGGAUGAGGCUGUCUGUCUGGCUGGGAUACUUGGCCUUAACGUUCGAGACAUUCUUUCCACUCCAGACCAUGAUCGCUUACAACGGUUCAUCCUAAUGCAACGUUUGUUCCCGUCAAUGUCACUGUUUUUCUCGGGCGCAAACAUGGACGCUGAAGGCUUCCGCUGGGCGCCAAAGACUUUUGUCUUCAGCCGAGCGUGCCUGUUGCCGGCCUAUCAAAUGAAACCAGACCGAGGUGGCAGUCGCUUCGAGCUACUGACGUCUCUCGCAGAGGCGAAUACAUCCGGCUUGCACGUUCAAUUUCCGGGCUUCAAGCCCGGAUCUCUCGCAAAGUGCUCGAGGGUAAGGGACCGAAUCCUGUUUCAAGACGCCCUGAACGCAUUCUGGUACACAUUUCGCGUAAUGGACAAGACCAUCGUGAAGCCUUUUCUCAACACUGAUCCCGGUGACAUCCCGAGCCUCGCGGUUGUUCUUCCUCGGCGGCCCACCGAGGACCGAGCCCUUUUCUGUGGAGUUUUGGUUUCCAUCUAUAGAGACGACGGCGGAGUGUUCUUUUCGCAGCUGGUUGCAAGGACGUCAGUGGAUCAAUGGGUGCAAAAGAUUUGCUAUCCAUCAGAGUUCCUUUUGGUGUCGAACAACCGAACCCGAUCAAAAGUGUCUUCCUGA